UUUAUUUGGUAGCUUUCCAGUUGCAGCAAGCUAGAUGCGUUUAGUUUGCCAGCCCCUAGCAACUCCACACCCACGUACCUAUAUAACGUGAGCCACCCAUAUGCCAUAUCAAAUCCACAACCAAGCUAGCGAAGUCUAUACAAAGGACAAGAAAUCGGAGGAUCAAACACCAUGGGAGCGGGGAUGAAGCGCACGAGGAACAAGGAGGUAUUGUCUCUGGCGCUGGCACUGACCACGGACUCAUCAACGUCGUCCACAACGUCAGCGGACUCGGCCGGGUCACCGGCAAAGAAAGCACGGCGACGCGAGAGGGGCGCCAUGGUGGCGACUUCGGGUGAGGGGGAGUUCGUGUGCAAUACGUGCGGCCGUGCCUUCGCGUCCUUCCAGGCGCUCGGCGGGCACCGGACGAGCCACCUUCGGGGCCGCCACGAGCUGGAGCUCGGCGUCGGCAUCGCCAGGGCCAUCAGAGAACGGAGAAGACGGGAGAACAAGCAGCACGAGUGCAGUAUCUGCGGCAUGGGGUUCGAGACGGGCCAGGCGCUCGGGGGACACAUGAGGCGUCACCGCGAGGAGAUGGCUCUGCGCGGCGGCGGCGGCGACGACGACCAGUGGGUGUGGCGCAGCGUCGCGCUACUGCCGGGUCAGGUGGUGACGGGGCAGCAGGCCACUGCCAACCAGCCGCCUGUCUUGCUCAAGCUGUUUGUCUAGGUAGCUUGCUGGAAAGAAGGAAGACGAUACGUUUUCGUUUCUUCAUUGAUGCGUGGUGCACUUGUAAAUGUGUUUGAUUCGAAUGAGAUAUACAGGUUCGCUGUUC